AUGGAGGAUUUCAUGAGGCAUAAGCCCUCGAAGUUCUCUAGAAAAUCUACCCCUGACGAGGCAGACGCACGGUUGAGAGAGUGCGAGAAGAUCUGCAGGGUGAUAGACUGCAUUGAGGCUGUCAUUUGUCACUUUCCUCUUAGUGGUAGAUGCAGAGUACUGGUGGGUCGGCAUGCAAUAGUUGAUGCAAACUCGCGACGAGGAGAUCAUCUGGACUUCCUUCAGGACCAGAUUCCUGGAGAAGCAUACACAGAUAGCUUUGAGUAUCUGGCACGAUUCUAUUCACCUGCAGCCACUGAGGAGUGGAGGUUCAGGAAGUAUGAGGGCGGGUUGAAACAUGAGCUGCGCCGGUUCAUAGUACCACUCCGCAUCAGAGCGUUUCCAAUCUUGGUGGAGCAGGCCAAGAGGACCACGAUCGACCCCCGUCAGCAGAAGAAACCAUACACCAGACCAGGAUCUUCUUCUAGGAAACUACAGUGUUUUAACUGUGGUGGUGAGCACUUGCGGAGAGACUGCCCAAAACCCUCUGGCAGUGCUGGAGGCAGCAGCACUAGCAAGUGCUAUGUGUGUGACCAGACAGGACAUUAUGCCAAACAUUGUCCUAAUAAGAAACCAGCUGGAGGUGCACCAGUCAGGAAACCAGUGGGUGAUAGGCCCCAAGCACCAGGGCGUGUCUUUGCGUUGACGACCACAGAGGUGACUCAGUUAGGUAACCUAGUACAUAAUACUUGUUUGUUGUUUGGUAACCGUGAGGUAGUGUUGUAUGAUUCAGGAGCUACCCAUUCAUUCGUGUCUAAUGAAUGUGUGAGGAGGCUCAGGCUUGUGAUACGGGAGCUAGGGUGCGAGUUAAUAGUCACCACACCAGCGUCAGGCGAGGUGUCCACCAGUUCUGUUUGCGUGGGAUGCCCUAUGGAGGUGGCGGGUCGCAGAUUUAAGGUGAAUCUAAUUUGCUUGCCAAUGGAGGGUCUGGAUGUCAUUCUGGGCAUGGACUGGUUGUCGAGCAACCAUGUGGCUGUGAAGGAGAUAGAGGAUGGCGCCACAUGUUACAUGAUAGUGGCUCAUGCAGAGAAGUUGAGUACUGUAGAGAGAAUCAGCAAAAUUCCUAUGGUGGAGGAGUACGCAGACGUCUUUCCGGAUGAGAUCCCGGAAUUACCACCGAGCCGGGAUGUGGAUUUCACUAUAGAUUCUCAUCCCUAG